GUGCCCACUAUGCUCUCUUUCGCUCGAGCAGCUGCCGCCGGCCCCUCCCGCUCGGUGCUCCUAGCAACGACAACAAGACUUCCUGAUGCCGUUGUGCGUGGAGAACGAAAUGCAUCCCUCAAGCAGCUUCGUAUUCGCCUCGCUGCUGUGAAGUCCAUCCAGCGUAUCACCAAGACCAUGAAGAUGGUUGCUGCAGCGAAGUUGAAGGGCUUUCAGGGGCGUAUGUUUGAGUCAAGACCCCUCGGUGACUGCGUUGAGAAAAUGAUUCAGGAGAUCCCACCCGCCCCUGAAGAGGACGUCGCGGCCAAGGAUCUUACAAACUUGAUUGUUCCCAUCACUUCUGAUCGUGGACUUUGCGGUGGUAUCAACAGUGCUGUUGCCAAGGCAACCAAGAACUUGUUGAAUGAUAUUCCUGGGGAUAAGGUCGUUGCCAUCAUCGGCAACAAGGGAGAGGCCUUGCUGAAACGCACGCACGGCCAAUACAUCACUAGGAUUUUCUCGGAUGUUUACGUGAACCCUACCUCGUUUGCGCUUGCCUCGGAGAUUGCGGAAGAACUUGUGCUGACGAAGAAAUAUGACAAGGCCUCUAUCAUCUAUAACAAGUUCAAGUCUGCCAUCGCCUACGACACUAUCGUUGAGGAGAUGGAGUCUGCUGAUGCCAUGGAGGAUCGUCUUGCCGUCUUCGGAGAGAAGUUCGAGUUCGAUGACGAGUUCUCCGAAUCCCUCCACAUGAACGACAUGAUGCAGUUCUGCUUGGCUAGCAAGCUUUACUCUAGACUACUCGAGUCGGCGACUGCCGAGACUUCUGCUCGUAUGCAGGCUAUGGAGAACGCGACCAAGAACUGCGGAGAGAUGAUCUCGAAGCUCACGCUGCAGAUGAACAAGGCCAGGCAGGCGCUCAUCACCCAGGAGCUUGGAGAGAUCGUGUCUGGUGCUGCUGCUGUUUCUGAGUAAUCGAUGCGCCUGGAGCGAGAGGCACGGAGGAUGAAAGGGAAGAGAAUCUUAGCAUGUGGAGGAGAUAAAAGUAGAAGCACUUUC